GUAAUAUUAUCUAUUUAUUUAAGAAAAAAGCGUAGCUGGUAGUCAUUUUACCCCCAGCAUAUGUUAUUAACAAGCUUUUUUACCUUCGGUGCCGUGGAAGAUCCCAUUGUUGAACAAGAAGAAACAAGAUGGCGGCAUCGUCAAACUACGAUUUGUCCUUGGAUCAAAUUAUCAACAAAAAUCGCAAGAAAAGUCACCGAAAUAUACAAAAUAAAAACGCUGUAAAUAAUAAAAGGAAUUUUAAUGGAAAGAAUAACAAGUUUGUAGAACUUAGAACUAGAACUAAACGCGUAAAUAAACCUAAUGUCAAUGAUAAUAGGAGAUCAUUUCCUUUAAAAGGACUGAAAAGACCAAGCUUAAUUAAGAAUGGCGGAAAACCCUUCCAUGAAAACAAAAAGAAAGCAAUAUUUACUGCUAAAAAUAGAGUGAAUAAUCAAAAUAUACAAAAAGUCAAAACUGGUGCUGGAGAAGUUCGUCUUUUCACGAAGCAUUUUGAUGCAAGAGCCAAGCUUCAAGCUAAAAAACAGGCUUUAAAAUCACCAUCAGCAGUAGCAAAGAAAGCCCUGCAGGAUGUUAGAAGUGGUCAAAAGGCUAAUAUCAUAAACCGCAAAAGAAAUUUGAAUACCCCUGGAAAAAAUAAAAAAUCUAUAUUAGAUCGAGCAUCUACCUUUACUGGAAGUUCUAUCAAAAUAAUUGCUAAAAAUAAAAAUUCAGUGAAAGACAGGAAAGCACUUGUAAAAGGUAAUUCCUUAUCUGUUGUUACGAAAAAUAAAGUAAGGAACCGCAAGAGAAAUAACAAAUCGAGGCGAUCAGGUGGUAACAGUAGUCAACUGAACACAUCCACUAGUGAUGAUGACAGUUACCAAGAAUUAUAUGCUCCAGAGCCCAAUUUUGUCUCGCCAAUUAAGAAACCGUUACCAGCUAAGGUGAUCAUCUCCAAUCUACAUCACAGUGUAUCACAAGAUGACAUCCAGGAGCUGUUUGGUGCGAUCGGCAUAAUUCUCGAUGCGAAAUUGAAAAGCGUUGGUACAGCUGAGGUUGUGUACAGCACUGCUGAAGACGCGUUUGCUGCUUACAGUAAAUACCAUGGACGGAAUUUAGACGGACAACCUAUGAUUCUGAAAAUCACAACUGCCGACGAAACUCAGCGUGCAUCAACGUCAUCAUCGUCAACAAAAGGCUUCAUGCAAGCAAGGAGCAGCAAUCGUUCAUCACAACCUCAGCAGUACUACACUCCCCCGCCUAUGGCAGCAGGAGGUGGCGCAGCAAGUAACAGCAAGCCUGUUGUUUUUACUGUAAAACUGUGAAGCUCUCCUCCGAAGUUGUUUGUGGAAAGCAGUUGCCUGCAUGUGGAAUGUUUUAAACCAGGGGUAUUUUGCGAAACAAUUCUUUGCAAAUCUGACGUAGCCUUUUAGCAUAAAAUCCAAGCAACAGUGAUACGUUUUUAUACAACAGGCAUAUGGCCUUUCCAUUUUGUUGACAAAAAAAGUUUAACUUCGUUUUCAAUCAAGGUGAGUGCUACGUAUAACUAUGCUUACUUUUGUUUUAUGGACCAAAAUAAAUAAAUAAAAGAUUAAAGGAACUAAUUUCUAUGGUGUGAUUUUUUGCAACUUUAGCGUUUUUCGUCUAUUUUGAGGAAUAUAUUGCCCGUGAAAUAUUUAAAAUAAAUUCCUGCGAAUUUUAUUUUUUAAUAGACACGAUUCGCAAAAAUUUAUGUUUUAAAAAACCCACAACUUUUACGGUUUUCACUAGAUCGCAAACUUUUUUUCGCAAAUCAAACAACCGCGCAAAAACAAUAUCUUCUUAGAACAGUUUGUAAUGAGUCCUGCAGCGUACUAUAAAAUACAAACGAAAAAAAAUAGCAAAAGAGUUAUCGACAUGUGCUCUAACAGGCUAUCUGCUCUUCAGCAACCUUUUAGGAAGGUUUUUGCCGAAUACAUGUGUGUUUUCUUGUUACAUAGAAACCUUCAUCAUAGUGCGCUUAAACAACAUAUUUUUCUUUCCUUUAUCAUGUGCAUAUAUUAAAAAGGCGUAACUCCAAGUUUUAGAAAACAGUUUUUUUAGUCUUUGCUAAUAUUGACUUUCAUAAUAAAAAUUUGAGGUUUAAAUUACGAAGAAACAUGCUUGUAUUUAAAAAAAGACUUAACACUUUCCAAGUUUUUAGUGCAAAAAGUGGGGCUCUGUAAAUCUAUCUAGUAUAAGGUUUAUCUCAAAAUUGGAGUAAAGCCUACGUUCAAAAAGUCGCGCACGUAUGCCAAAAAAAAACUUGUUUACGUUGUAAAUCAAAUGCUGGUGAUAUUUUACUAAAACUUGAUUUACUCUGAAUGCAGAUUUUGGACCUAUGCAAUUGUUAUAUUGACAUGACGAUUAAAAAAAAAAAGAAGUUAGGAAAGGUCAUAAAGGUAUUUCAGUAUUAUCGGAUGGUACAUAUAGAUUUAUUUAUUUUUCUAAUACUACUGAUGGAAUAUUGUGGUGAUUUUCUGCUGUUUCAAUGAUAAAAUGCUGUUUUGUACCUGCAAAUUUAGAUUCUACAUAGAAACUAUGUAAGAUUUAAGAAAUUUUCUCACUGGACUUUGUGUUCCACUUUGAAAAUAAAAUAAAUGUAAAUAUUUAAGUGUUUUGGUCCAUAAAACUAAAGCUCGCAUGGUUAGUUUAAAUUCCAUGCAUUGAGAGCGGUCGAAGAAAGAAAGAAAGUUGUGGUUUAUUUUGUAAAUUUUAAUUUUAAAAGAAUAAAACAUCUAUUUUGUUUUA